AUGUGGACACGUCGUAAACGAGGUCAUGUUAUUGGACGUGUAGUGACAUGUCAUCCAACCGAGGGAGAAAGAUACUAUCUUAGACUUCUUUUAAUGAAUGUAAGAGGGCCAAAAUCAUAUGAAGAUCUGAGAACUGUAAAUGGAGUACAAUAUAAUUCAUUUAGGGAAGCUGCAGAAAAAAGAGAACUAUUACUUUGUGAUAAUAAUUUGGUAGAAUGCAUGUAUGAAGCUGCAAGUUAUCAAAUGCCAUCCAGUUUAAGACAAUUAUUUGCUAUGUUAUUGAUUUAUUGUAAUCCAACAAAUCCUAGAGAAUUAUGGGAAAGAUUUGAAAGUUCAAUGUCUGAAGAUUUCAAAAAAACUACAAUAAGACACAAGGGAUUUAUAGCUUUAGCAACUGCAAGUUCUGGUGUUGCAGCUUCACUUCUUCCCGGAGGUCGAACUGCUCAUUCUCGAUUUAAAAUUCCUAUUGAUGUCAAUGAAAAUUUUACUAGCAAUAUUAGUAAACAAAGUUCAUUAGCAUCUUUAAUACGAGAUGCACGAUUAAUUGUGUGGGAUGAAAUUUCAAUGGCAAAAAAGAAAAUGGUUGAAGCAUUUGAGUUACUUUUAAGAGAUCUAAUGGAAACAAAUACGUUAUUUGGUGGUAAAAUAGUUGUUUUUAAUGGUGAUUUCAGACAAACUCUUCUGAUUGUUCGUAGUGGAAAAAAAGAAGAUUUUAUUCGUGAAAGUUUAUUGUGUUCUGAAAUUUGGAAUCAACUUGAAAAAUUACAGUUAUCGAAGAAUAUGCGUGCAACUAAAGAUCCUGAAUUUUGUGAAUAUUUAAUGAGAAUUGGUGAUGGAAAAGAAAAAACAAAUGACCAUGGAAAAAUUCAAAUUCCUCAUUCCCUCAUUAUUCCUUUUACUUCUGAAAAAGAAUCUCUAAAUCUUCUCUUUAGAAAUACUUAUCCUGAUUUAUACACAUGUUGUACAAAAACUUCAUUUAUUACUUCUCGUGCUAUUCUAACAACUAAAAAUAAUUUUGUUGAUGAAAUAAAUGACAUGUUGAUCUCUCAAUUUCCAAACACUGAAAAAGUGUAUAUUGCUAUAGAUGAAACUAUUGAUCCAAAGGAUCAAAGUGAAUAUGAAGAUUUCUUACACACUUUAAAUCCUACUGGUUUACCUCCAUACAAAUUAACUUUGAAGAAAAAUUGUCCGAUUAUGUUAUUAAGAAAUUUAAAUCCUUGUGAAGGUUUAUGCAAUGGGACACGCUUAAUAUGUAAUGAUUUAAAACCUCAUGUUAUUAGUGCAACAAUAUCUAGCGAUGAUUUUAAAAAUACACAUGUAUUUAUUCCACGAAUACCACUCAUGACUUCAAAAUAUGAAAAAUUGCCUCUUCCUUUUAAGAGAACACAAUUUCCUGUACGAUUAUGUUUUGCCAUGAUUAUAAAUAAAGCUCAACGACAGACAUUAGAUUUUGUUGGUAUAUAUUUACGCGAACCUGUCUUCUCUCAUGGACAAUUGUAUGUUGCUUUAUCAAGAGCGACAAGUUCUCGGAAUGUCAAAGUAUUAAUUAGACCACCUAUAAUUGACGAAAAUGAUGAUCAUUCAACAUAUAAUGUUGUCUACAAUGAAAUCAUUGAAAAUGCCUUUUCUUGA